GCGAGCAAACAAAGACAAACAAGAAGAAGAAGAAGAAGGAGCAGGAGGAAGGCGAACAAGAGAAGAAGAAGAAGCAGGAGAAGACCACCAGACGUCGAGUGCUUGGGAGGCGAAAGAAAGACAAAAAAACAGCGGACGAAGAACAGGCUUCGAGAAUUUGGGGUGGAGGGUCUAGGGCUUCAGCUUUUUCAAACAUGAGCGCUUUGCAAUAUAGGACUCAUCGAAGCCAAUACCAGAGAAAGACUUAUGCCGAUGACUUGCUGAAAAGCGUAAUACCAGCAAUACAGGCUCGAGGCCGACAGCAAACAACUAAAAAGAACUUUGAAAAGCAGAGAGCUAAAGGGCCAGAAAUCGCUGAGUUGGAAGCGACGGUUUCCUCGGAGCAAAGUGAUGUCCAAGUGACUUCGUCAGAGCUCGGGACAACGGUAUUGUCAUCAUCAACAUAA